CAGUUUACGCCGUCGAAGCAUCUUCUCCUUUCAUUCAUGGCUUCCAGACGAUUAAGGGCAUUCAAGAGGUGGAUGAAAUCUCAAGGCAUCGAAUACAGCGACACGCUCGAGUUUAUAGACUGCCCCGACCAAGGGAUUUCAGUGAGAACAUUAUCUGAUUUACACGAAGGCGAUGUGGUCGCCAAUAUACCAAAGACCGCUUGCCUUACUAUCAAGACCAGCGGGGCCCGGGAAAUGAUCGAGUCCGCUAGUUUGGAUGGUCUUUUGGGUCUCUCCGUGGCUUUGAUGUACGAAAAGAGCUUGGAUCAAGACUCUCCUUGGGCUGGUUACCUUCAGCUUUUGCCGCCUCAAGAAUGCUUGCCUUUGGUUUGGACUCUGGGGGAGGUUGAUUCUUUACUCCCUGGGACUGAGCUGCAUAAGGCAAUUAAAGAAGAUAAGACUCUUAUGUAUGAGGAUUGGAAAGAAAAUAUUCUGCCCCUCAUAUAUUCGGCUUCUCAGUCCCUUGAUCCCAGCUCUUUUAGUGUCGAAGAAUACUUUGCUGCAAGAAGUCUUAUUUCUUCUCGAUCUUUCAUGAUAGAUGAAUACCAUGGCUCUGGGAUGGUUCCUUUGGCAGAUCUCUUUAAUCAUAAGACUGGAGCGGAGGAUGUACACUUCACCUCUGUAUCCCCUAAUCAAGAAUACGAAGAUGAUGUUGACAGUGAAAAUAGUGAUAAGAAUGAACUAAGUAAAAUUUCUGACUAUGAUGAGACUGCUUCCACCAGCAGUGAGAAUUCAUACAUUCAUAGUGAUUCAGAUCUCUUGUCAAUGCCUGGGGAGGAUCCUAUGAUGUUGCAAAUGAUUAUGGUAAGAGAAGUCAAAUCAGGUGAUGAGGUUUUUAACACAUAUGGGUCGCUUGGCAAUGCUGCUUUGCUUCACAGAUACGGGUUUACAGAGCCUAAUAAUCCUUUUGAUAUCGUGAACAUAGAUUUGGAAUUGGUUCUCAAGUGGGGCUGUUCGCUGUUCUCUAGUCGGCACUGCAGAUCAAGGUUGUCCCUUUGGAGAAGAUUAUAUUUGUCUGGAAGUACAAGCGAGGAUUCUGAAUAUUUUGAGAUCUCAUUUGACGGGGAACCUGAAAUGGAACUAUUGUCAUUAUUAUACAUAAUGUUAUUGCCAGAUGAUACAUGUCAUAAGUUGGAUAUUACCAUUUGCACUGCAGAUAAGGUUAAUGGAAAUAUUGGCAUGAUCUUAUCAGAAAAACAUGAUAUUACAUGGGACACGAGCUCAAAAAUCAGCAAGGAGUUGUUGCUGACAGAAAAAGUUUGCGAUGCCCUCUUGGCACUUGCCGACAUUCGUGAGAGUUGUUAUGGUUCAAAUUCGAUAGAUGAGGAUAUGGAAGCUUUAAAGAGAAGUUGCAUGAAAGAAAGGAAAUUGUAUCAUUCUUUGGUAUUACGAACAAGUGAGAGGAGGAUCCUUGAGAAACUUAGGACUUAUGCUACUGCAGGAGCUCUUCGAAGUCGAACAUUUCAGAAUGCAAAUAAAACCUCUACAAGAAGGAAGAGAUUGAAAAAGCAUUAAGGUGAAACAAUCCAUCUUACCUUGCUUGUUUUUAUUACAAUAAACAGAAGCCACUUUGCCUAGGUUAUCACUGCUUAGGUGAAACAGAGUUUGGAAGUAACUUUAGUCUGCCAUGCGUUUUUUUCAUUAUUGGGAUAAUAGAUGAACCGAUUGUUGCAUUUUUUUUUUAUCAUUAAAGAAGGCCAAAACAGAUAUAGCUGCAGUUCCUUUUUAUGUUGAUAAGGGGCUGGAAGUGGUAGGCCAGUUUUAAUU